AUGAAGAGUAUGGAUGAUCAAAAUAAUAUUAAAUUCCGAAUAGAUGUCAUGCAACUCUUACAAAAAUAUACAACAAACGAUAACCAAACUUCUCAGCCUUAUCCACCACCUCAGCAUUAUACACCACAUCAGCCUCAAUUUCAACCAUAUAAUAUCCCUCUUCAGCCUUACACUUACACGCAGCAAACACUCGAAAGAAAUCAAGAAUAUCCUAUGGCCAAUCAAAGCACUAAUGAUAUAUUAUAA